AUGAUUGGAGCGUAUUCUUCAAAUUACGACAACGAUGAGAACUUUGAAAGUUUAUUCGAAGAUGGGCAUUGGGAAUGGGAUGAAAAUGUUAUGCAGCUCGUGUUCACAAGCGAUCGCCCGCGGCGCGAAUCCUCUUAUGAAUCAACUUUGCAGACUACUUUUGGUCCGGUAGAAUUUAAAGAUAAUUUAGAUCUUCUAGACGAGCUAAGAUUUCGUAAAUUAUUUCAAAGGAAAACCGUUGAGACAGACGUGGUCACUGUGCAGGAUAUUAAAGAUUUAGUGCUUUACACAGCACCUUUAAAGAUGCUAAUAUCAGCUCCAGCAACAAUCAACGUUCUUCAUCUACGAGCAACACACCGAUUCCUACGUGCUUUAAUAUUCUAUUGUCAAUAUUAUCUACAGACUUCUGACGAAAUGAGCAAACGUUCGUUAGAAUUGGAAGCGAAAAUUCGUACACAUAGAAGCGAUGAAAUUGAGAGAAUUUUUCAAAUGAAUUUAGAAGACCUACGUUUACUUGUUGCUAAAGAAUACUGUAAUCUAAUUAUGGGAGAUGAUGAGUUUAAAAAGUAUCAUCACAUGGGCUUGUCAAAGAAAACGCGCUCACUAACCAAAAAAGAAGCACACCUAUUCGAAAACGUUCUACGUAUAGCCAUACAAAUAACGUGGAUAGCCCUCGGACGCAAAGCGUUUAACCAAAUAGAGAAGGAAGUGCACAGAAUUUUCAAGACCCCGAUUUUUAACUUCGCUGACCAUAGAUUAAAUUCAAUGAAUACUGAAAAACUGAGUAAUGAAGAACAAAAGAUAUUACUAGGACAUUGCGUGCAUUAUGGCAAGAAAAUUAAAACUCAAUCGCCUUUAGCGAACGAAGCCUUUUGUAGUAGACACAUCGACUUCAGAAUGUUCGGUCUCGGUAUUAUCAAAUAUAAUGGUUUGCCAAGUCGCUUACGUUAUUUCGAACAAAUGUUAAUAGCACCUGAAAUACUUUUGAGCAAGUUCGAAAUAAGCCUCGGUAUCGUUGGUCUGCCGCGAUCAAACUUUGACACAAUGCUCCGGGAAAUCAAAGUCCCGCUAUCCGGAGCGAGCACUUCAUCGAGUAGAGUUCGACAAUCUGUGGGGAGGUUGACAUCAUCAAGAAUGUCCAGAUCGAGUGCGGGAGGAAAACAGAAGAGUACUACGAGCGCAACUAUGCAGCCGUUGUAUAAAGACAUUGUGAUUCCCGAACCGAGUAAUACAGACAGUUCCGCGGAAUUUUCUUGCGAAACUUUACCAACGGCCCCCUGUGAUCAAGAUCAACAAAACAAAUGGUUGCGAUGGAUAAAGUUACACACGAAUCGGAAAAAUAAACAUAAAAAGCACUGA